GUCGCCUCUCGUCUCCUUCGGUCGAUCUAGGAUCUCCUAAGUUCGAGCCGAUUUCGAGAUCGUGAAGUCCGUGUUCUUGAAAUCUUGAUAGGGUUUGUGUUUGCGAGAAAACAUGUUGCUGCGCUGAGGUGCUUUGUGUCCUUCAAUAAGCUGCAAGGUUCGGACGCCGUGGGUUUUGGAUUGUUGCUGACAAUUUCACGCCGUCUGCACACCAUCUGUUCGAUGGAAUGGCCCUGAAGAUCUCUAAGGCUAUGGGCGUCGUGGGGGACAGGAUCAGCGGGCUCCCCGACGAGCUGCUCCACUGUAUUAUGUCCUUCUUGCCGGCGAGGGAUGCCGUGCGCACCUGUGUGCUGUUGCCGAGGUGGCACCGCCUGUGGGUGUCGACGCCGCAACUUAACGUCGACGCCGAGGGCUUCUCCUACGAGGAUACAUUCGUCAAGUUUGUGACCACGUUGCUGCUGCGUCGCGGUUGCACACCUCUGGACUCGUUCUGGCUCUGUGCCAAUAGGCCUGGCAUCUACCUUUAUAAUAUUUAUAACAGUGCCAACAAUUGGAUCUGCCAUGCCCUCAGGAGCAAUGUUCAGGUGCUGGGCAUUGUCGAGCAUUGGGCUACUGGAGAUGAAGAGGAAGAAGACAUGGAAGUGGUAGAGGAUAUGAUGUUCAAAAUUGACCACUAUGCCUUCACUUCGUCAUACUUGAAAAGAUUGCAUCUUUGCUGUGUUUCUGUCAGCAAUCGGUUCACAAAGCAGCUCUUUUCUGGCUGCCCUGCACUGGAAGACCUGGAGAUGAUAAACUGUAAUAUCUAUACCUCCGAGUUUUCCUCUGGCACUUUGAAGAACCUGACCAUUGAUUAUGUUGGUUUACCACCGUAUGAAAGACAGGGGAACAAACUUGAUUUUGUGAUAAACAUGCCCAGUCUUGUCUUACUUUGCCUUGGAAGCCUUCUUUGUGAAAUGCCUUCCCUAGUGGGCAUGCAGUCGCUGAUAACAGCCUCACUUUCCUUGGACCAUCCAUCGGUUAUAUUUGCUGAUGCCUGUGACAUUCUUGGAGCUCUUUCAAAUGUCAAGAACAUGGAGUUGCUAUUUCCAUGUGAUGUGGCUGGGAAAUCUUCAUUGCAAAGUGAUAUGCAGUUGUGUCGAGUGGUGUUUUCUAAUUUGACAACUUUGUCUCUCAGUGAUUGGUGCCUGCAUGGUAACUGUGAAGCACUGUUCUAUUUCUUUGAGCAUUCACCUAAUCUAGAGGAACUUACUCUGAAGAUGAGGAAGCAGCUCGGUUUCCGUGAUCAUCUUAACUGGUUCCCUAUUGUUGCUGCUGGUCCUGAAACAUUCAAUUGUGAUAAGCUGAAGAAAAUUGAAAUCAUCUGUCCAAAGCAUGAUAAAAGAGUGAGCAAGCUAGUGGCAAUACUAUUUGCCAAAAUAAUCUCUUCACCAGAAAUUAGUAUCAAACCGUUUUAAGAUUCAUCAUGGUGCUGAAUACUUCUGCAGUGGGAUGAUGACUAUGGACGACAGCUUGGAAGAUUAUUUUGUGUUUUUCCUUGUUGCUCUUGAGUUCUGAAUACUCUUGUUCACUGGUACGACGCCUGGCUGUGCGCCGAUAUAGCGGAUCGCAUCACAUCCCUUACUGAUGUACCGCUCGUAACAUUUCUCUAAUCUAUCGCGUAGACUUUGCAAUUUGCUUGGCAUUCGAAUGAGUAAGCAUGUGUGUGCUGUGUUUUGUUC